AUGGGGCUAAUGGGCUAUGGGGCUAAUGGGCUAUGGGGCUAUGGGGCUAUGGGGCUAUGGGGCUAUGGGGCUAUGGGGCAAUGGGGCAAUGGGGCUAUGGGGCUAUGGGGCUAUGGGGCUAAUGGGCUAAUGGGCUAUGGGGAUAUGGGGCUAUGGGGUUAUGGGGCUAUGGGGCUAUGGGGCUAUGGGGCUAUGGGGCUAAUGGGCUAUGGGGCAAUGGGGCAAUGGGGCUAUGGGGCUAUGGGGCUAUGGGGCAAUGGGGCAAUGGGGCUAUGGGGCUAUGGGGCUAUGGGGCUAUGGGGCUAA